GGAGUCUACAGCUCGGUCGCCGGGAACGGGCGGGGCUGCAGGCUGGGAGGCCCGGGAGGCCCGCCCACCCGUGUGUUUGAGCAGCUCACCUGGCAACAGGUGGGCCUGACAGUCUGCUUUUCCAGAGUCUCCUCUGCCAUCCGUGUCUUUAGGGCACACAAUGGUGCUGUUCAGGCCCCUGGCACUGCUUCUUGCUCUGGUUGUCGCUGACCGCCACUGCCUGCCCUGGUCCGUGAGUAUCUCUGAGAGACAGGGGCCCGGCGCCGUCUUCCAGUCCCUCUCCUUGAACUGCUCUUCACACGUGCCCACCUUGAAGCUGCUGCGCGUGCGGCCACCCACUACCUUCUUCGACGCACUCAACCUCAGCGUAACCACGUGGCAGGGGACCUAUAUGGGAAAGCUGACCUUGAACAACACGGCCCGGCUGGACACCCUGGCCGUGAGCCACUACGAGCUACAGCUGCAGGUCACGUGUGGCACCCUUGUGAUGGAAGGGCCACUCUCCGUUGAUGUGCAGCGGGACCCCGACCAUAUCCAGUGUGCGGGCCGAUUCAUCAGCCCAGUCAUCCAGGUGCCGGAAACCGUCACACCCGGGGCCAGACUGUACACUUUGCUGCUCCCAGACCUAAGACUCCAGGGAGCCCAGAUAAACAUCACCAGUGCCCAGGACCCUCCACACUUCCCUGGGCCUUUCUCCAUCGACGGGCAGGGCUGGCUGCAGGCACCGGCCCAGGGCCUCAGCGGCCAGGCUCCCAAGACCUUCCGGCUGCACGUCCUGGUGACCUGGGGAGCAGGCCGGAGCUGCGGAGGGACGCUCACAGUGCGAGUUUUGUCUGCCCCUUCCGGCCGGGUCUCCUUCCCGGAGCGGCACCGGAGCAUCACCAUCCCGGAGGACCUGGUGCCUGGCAGUGAGGUGGUUCAGGUGCAGGCCCGGGGCUUGGACGUGCGCUACGAAAUCCUCUCUCCGGCGCCCUGCCCGUUCUUCUCCAUCGGACCCGCGGACGGCGUGAUUCGGACCACUGGGCCCCUAGACUUGGCACUGGCCCCAGGCGCCGCGGUCACUGUACUGCAGGUGAAGGCCUUCGAGCGGCUCCAGCCAUGGGCCAGCGUCCAGCUGGAGCUCACCGUGAACGUGACUCCCGUCAACCGUUGGCCCCCGCGCUGCCACCCAGCGCUUCUGGUGACUCAAGUCCCCGAGACCGUGCCCGUGGGCACCGUGCUGAGCACCUUCACGUGUGCUGACCGGGACUCCCCUGCCUCCACCCUCGACUACCAGCUGCGGUUUCACGGCCCUCCUGGGCUGCCCAGCCUCUGCCUUAGCGGCAGGGCUCUGAAGGUCAAUGCCACACUGGACUGCGACACUCCUGGGGCCUGCUUUCAGCUGGCAGCCUCCGUCCUGGUGUUCGAUGGCGGUCAGCCCCCGAUGACCACCGAGGUGCCAGUGCUGGUGACGGUGACACCGGUCAACGAGUUCUCCCCAGCUUGCGCUCCACGCGUGUUCCGGGUCCGCGAGGACGCGGGGCCCCGCACCCUGCUGGGCUCUGUGGCGGGCACGGACAGGGAUUACCCGCACGACCGCGUGCAGUACUCCAGCCCUGGCGGGUCCGCCACCUUUGCCGUGGACCACCUCAGUGGGGAGGUUCGCCUCCUGGGGCCGCUGGACUACGAGCAGCAGAGGCUGCACAGGCUCACUGUCCUGGUGACCGACCAGCGCGGGGACCGGGACGCCGCCCACCGCCGCUCCGGCUCCUGCACGGUGACCAUCGAGGUGGAGGACGUGAACGACCAUGCUCCCGAGUGCGAGCCCCCGUUUCAGGAGCUCACCAUCCACACCUCCCCGGGCCGUAGCUCGGAGGUGACCAAGGUGUCGUGUCGGGUCCCUCAGGAGCCACAGCGCCUGGCCUUCUCCUACAGCAUCGUGGGAGGGAACAGUCAGAGCCGGUUCAGCCUGCGCGGGGCCGUGCUGGUGCACAGCGACGGGGCGGCGGGGCCCCCCCUGCUGGAGCAGCCCCGCACUUACGAGCUGCUGAUCCGUGCGGCCGACGCAGGCCCCUCCGCCCCCCACCUCAGCACCACAGCCACCGUCAUCGUGCACGUGGUCCCCUGGAGGGCCAGCACGGCGGCCACCAGCACCCACAGAGCCACAGUGCCUUCCGCAGGGACACCGCUGCUCGUGACAGACACAGAGGCCUUCUGGCAGCCGGAGCCCUGGUUCGUGGCGGCGCUGACGGUGACCGGCGCCCUUCUCCUCUGGACUCUGGGCUGGAUCCUCAGCGGGCUCCUCCGGGGGUCGGCCCGGGGGCUACAGACACCCAGCAAACCAGCCCAGGCUCUGCGACUGAGCAGCAUCCGGGGAACCGAGGGGUCCGCGGAGGGGUCCACGGAGGCACCAAAGACGGAGACACAGCAGGCACCCAGCAGCAUCAUGGGCCUCCAGCAUUUCGAUGGCAGAGCACAGGACGCCCGUGAGUCCCUUCCUCCCAAACCACUCCCCACCUGGACCCACUGUCCCUCCUUCCCCCGUCUCAGUGUCUCCUACCACCAAGCACCCACCGUCCGAUCUACUCUUUCCCUGAAUGGGGUCCGUUCUCGCUCCCACUCACCUUCCAGCCCACGUUUGUCAAACACCUGCGGGGCCAGGAAAUGACUCAGAGCCACUCUUGUUCCUGCCCUCGGGAGCAGGGGGGGCGGUGGUGAGGGCGAGGCCCCCAGGUACUCUGUUGUCACCAAUGAACCAAGGCAGAGUAAUCUGGCUCUGGGUUUAGGGGAGCUGGUGUCCAGUUUUGCAGAACCCAGAAUAUGCUUCCUCUGCCUUUGAGCGGGACCUCACGGGAUUUUCUGAGAAAGGAGGGAGGGGACAGGUUGGAUUAAGCAGAAGGCGGGUCACACCCAGGGUCCUGGGACAUCUCCUACCCUUGGGGGAGGGAGGCAGCUCUGCUGAGACCCCAGCAGGCCCAGCAGUGCCCCCUCCCUCCUGCCCAUGCAUCCGAGCUCAGGCACAGGCAGAGAUUACCUGUUCAGCACGCGCACGGGAGCCCGGCGCUGGCUCUGAGGCCAGGAAGCUUCUUCACCAUGUGGGAAUUUCCCCUUCACGUCGUCCCGGGCUGUGCUUUCAAGUUGAUUCAAUAAUAAACAAAAUUACAAGCAGGAAAGUCCCAGCCUCGGA